CCUGCAACACGCUUCAGCCAGCCACCGCUGUCGAAAUAAAAGCAAUACGGUUACCCUGCAAUGCGAUGCGCAUGCGACGCAACGCUUAGAGAUGCAGCUGGGCUAAUGCAGCGCGAGCUCAGCUAGCCACAAGCCAUUGGACCCCCUGCUAUGCUGAGCCGUCCUCUGCAUGCAGGUAGCGGAAUUAUCGCAAUAACGGCAUUAUUGGGUCCGUGGAGGAGUGCCGGUCUUCAUGCGAGACGACCAUGGAGCGCAACGGAGGGUCUCAAGAGAGAUGGCCACGGCUAGCCGUUCGCCUUCACUCGUCAGGCAACGUGUUGUGCUGCACGCAACAUCAAGACUUGACAAGGAGGACACGCGUUUUGAAAGCGUGUGUCAACUACCUGGCCUGCAAUUUGUGCCUCAGUCACAAUCAUACCCCAGAGGCAAGCAGCCGGUGAAGCCCAAAGUCAUCAAUAAUUGCGAGCAUGGCGUCCGACAUCGUCCCCAGCCAAACUACAUGUUCCUGCGCCUCGAUAACUUCAUGAUCCAGAACGAUGUCCAGCGGCACGCGAAUCUGCACAACACCGCCCCGGCUGGCCCCAUCUCCGUCACCGCCGGCGGCUGCUUGAGGAGAUAUGUUCACGCGUUUAGAGGCGAUAGUCAAGCAAUCAAUCUUUUCUCGUUCUCGAUGAUAACUAACGUGGGAGGGUGAGCGAUACGGAGAAGUGGGCGGCAUCCUUAAGGUGGCUGUAACUCAUCGAUACGAUGAGCCAAAGGGAGCUGCAGAAACCAGUGGAUGCAAUGGCCAGGGCAGAGCCGUAGACAGCGAGCGUGAGCAGCCUCUAUCGAGC